ACAAUAUUGACAUUUGAUUUGACUGAAUGUUUCCAAUUUUGAAUUUUGUUGAGCGUUUGUUUGUUUAUAGCUUCUUCUAUAAUAAAUAUUUGUUAAUUUUGGUUUAUUUGGGGUAUUUAUUUACUAAGAAAUCAUGGAGCCACGGACGGAGCUUCAGAAGAAUGCCAUGGCAGAGGCCCGUCGGCACGAGCUGAGCGUAUACCAGCGUGCUCUGGACAUGCAAUGGUUGGACAGCCGCAUGGCAGACGGUCGCAUGGGCCGCUGCCUGGCGCUCAUUCAACGGGAAGCUGAGAUGGAGAGAGAGUUUCAAGAAAGAACUGACCAUGCAGCCAUUGUAAAUGCCAGAGCUGAAAAAGAAACAAAACUUGGCACAGAAGUGGCAAAUGUUCGUCGUCAAGAAGUCUGCCAACUGUUGCGGCGUCAUUACUUGCGAGAGAGAGACCCGAGCCUCAGGGACCUGGCUCGGAAACUACAAGCCGGAUAUGUCUGCAGAGAUAUACAGCAGCAAAUUAUACAUAAUGAGUACAAAAGGUUGCAGGAAAAGGCAGAAGAAAUGCGAGCCAACAACAUACUGCUGAAUGCUCUGGCUGAUGACAAGGACGCAAUGGCCCAGGAGGAGAAACAAAAGAUGGAGCGCACUUCACAGUACUGUAAGGAGUUACAACAGCAGUUGGUGAACAGGCAGCUGCAGAAACAAUGCCAGUAUGAAGACUCCUUGAUUGAGAAGAAGAUGCUCGAAGAUAUUAUGAGGACUAUUUCUGAUGAGGAUAUGAGGGAACUGCAACAAAAGCGUGCCAUUACUGAGAAGAUGCGACAUGAGAUGAAGACGUUCCUCCAAGCUCGCAAUGCUUGGAAGGAGAAACAGAAGCAAAUGGUCAUCCAGGAGGAGAAGAAUAUUGAGGAGCAGAACAAGAUGGUUUCUGACAGGAGUUCUGCUAUUUUAGCAGCACGCGAGGAAAGAAUGCGUAAGAAAGAAGAAUUCACCGAAAUAAUGUCUGCGAAAAUAUUGGCUGACGAGGCGGAACGUAACGACCGUACAAACAUAAUAAAACUGCUGCAAGAACAAGAGUACUUGGAGAAGAACUUCCAGGACGAUAUAGCGGAGCGGGAGAAGGCGGAGCGCGUCCGCCAGGACACGUACAACGCGCUCACCAAGCAGAUGGAGGACCGACGCCGGCGGGAGAGUGACAGGAAGAAACGGGAGGCUGAGUUUAGGAAGAAGGUGGAAGCCAACCUCGAGGCAGACUUGGCGAAGGAGCGCGAGGUGCACCAGAAGAAGAAAGAGAAGGGCCAGCUCUACUCACAGGAGCUACGGAAGCAGAUCGAGGCUAAUGCUAUAAAGAAGAAACGUGACGACGAGCUGGAGGAACAACGAGCUAUCUACGUGAGGGAGUAUGAUAAGAAGUGGCGUGAAGAAGUAUCAAAGGAACGUGAGAAAAUGAUAGCGGAGCACGUGCCGGGGCUGCUGGGGUACGUGACGGCCGGUACCCUGCUACACGCCGACCUGCCCGCGCUCAAGGAGGGGGCCAAAGCACGACCAGACCUCGCGCACCUCGACAUCGACCACAUGGCCACCUCUAAGCGACCACAGCGCUUUAUUAAGUGCAACCCGCAAUGUAGGGUGCUUAGGGAGUUUUAGAAGGAAUUACUUCCUUAUUUCAUAUUAUUUUCUACUCAAAGGUUCAAUUACUCAAAUUAUUUUCAUCAGUCGCUCGACUGCUGAAAAAAGACGUCCUCCGCUAACCAAGGCUCGGAACCGGUUUAAAAAAUACCGGUUAAUACCGGUUUAUAUCGGUUUUCCUCCGAACUUUUCUUAAGAACGUGAACAUUAAAGAACUUUAUUUUAACCUAAAUUAACCGGUUUAUUCGACGAGAGGGGCAUGUCGGUACACGCGUUGAAAUAUUAUUAUUGAAAUAAGCUGAACAGCGCGCGGCGUUUCUUUGAUGUGCGUCGUAUUAACCGGUUUUUAUUGCUCUAAACCGGUUAAUCCGAAAAAACCUUUAUGAAAAUACUGUUCCAAAUACCGGUUUAAAAAACCGGUUUCGCGAACGAAACCCAAUGUAAAGGUUUUGCGUACAAGUACAUAAUAACGGUUUGAAAAUUUAACCGGUAUCCGAGCCUUGCCGCUAACACUGGUCACUUUGCGCC